AUGGCAUACUCAAAACGCGCCAAAAAAGUCACUGAUGCUCGCGAUCUCAUAAGCAAUGCUCUGGAUAAGGUCGAUAAUGAGGAUGGAAUUGUAUCCAUACAUCUUCCUGCAUUGCGACGGCUCUUUGAUCAUACUCAAGACGACGCCGAAGCCGCGCUGAGGAAGGAAGUCGACGAGGAGCGCGUUCGAGAAGUCAAGGCGAAAGUCCAACGCGCUACUGCGUCCAUCUGGUUGAUAGCGCCUGAUGUCGCCUAUGAUAUACUAGCCUCGGGGAAGGGACUGCUCCAACUUGCACCUAUCCCGGGUUUGGAUGCGGUCGGUUCCAUAUUGUUGAAUAUCUGGGAUGCUGCUCGUUUGAUCAAAGCAAAUCGGAAGGCCUGUCUGCGACUGACUGAGCGUUGCGCAACCAUGAUUAUCACCGUGCACGCGCGCGUGCGAGAUGCUGGAGGCGAGGUUCAGGCCGUACUAGAGGGACCGCUACAAGGUCUGCACAGCGCGUUCAACAAUGUCCUUGACUUCCUGCUACGUAUGAAGGACAUGAAUGUCUUGCGAAGCCUCAUACAGCGUAAUGAAGAUCGCGACGACAUCGCCAGAUGCAAUUCGGAUCUUGUGUAUGCUAUGAAUUUGUUCCAAGUUGAAGUCAGCAUUGUACACAUCGGGGAGACGAGAAGACAGGACACACGGGAUCGUGACGAUGAUCGUGAAGACUUGCGAGAGUGCUUACACGAGGCGUUGCAGAGAGGUGACGAUAGCGCAGUCUUGGAAAUUCUAGGAGUAGAUCACGCGGAAAAGGCCGAGAUGAUCGUCAAAGUUCUUGGACGCCUUCUUUGGCCCGAAGCAGCUGGUCCAGCUGUCACGAUUAGAUCUGGAUCACGACGAUAUCCCGGUGUGACGUCUUUCGUGGAUGAUUAUGAUGAUCAUCCCCUCCCCGAUCUGGACGAUCUUGAGCGCGAAUUCUUGACGGCAAGCGUCGAAGCGCUUACACGUUUAAGUCAGAGGUCCCAAACCGAACCUCUUACAAUGGCGAUCUCGCACGAUGAGGUGAAGAAGUCCGCUCAGAUUGGUCGCGGUGCUUUCAGUAUAGUCUACAAGGGCGCAUAUCGAGGACGUGUCGUUGCGAUCAAGGAGCUUAACGCGAAUAUCUCGCGCGAGCUCUUCGUCAAAGAACUUAUGAUAUGUAUGAACGUCCAGCACCCGCAUGUUAUACCCUUCAUUGGCACGAGCUCAUCAAAUUGCCCUCGUCCGUGGUUCAUUAUCACUCCUUACUACCGGAACGGAAACCUCGUUCGCUAUCUGAAAGGAAUCCCAGCUGGUGUACCAAUUGAUGUGACUCAGAUGAUGCUGGACAUCGCCCAGGCAAUGCAAUAUUUGCACGGGAGAGGUAUCAAGCAUGGCGACCUCAAGGCCUUGAACGUCCUGGUCAACAACGAUUCACGAUGCAUUGUGGCGGAUUUUGGGCAGUCUCAGGCUAGGUUCGAAACAUCCCUCGCCACGAUCACGGAUCGGGGCUUGUCUAUAUCUCGUGCAGGCGGAACUUUGAUGUGGCUGGCUCCCGAGGCCUUGUCAGGGUUGAUCACGGACCUCACCAAGCCAGUUGAUAUCUACGCGUUUGCGAUAGUAUGCGUGGAAAUUCUGAAACGGGGUGAUCCUCCUUGGGGAUCUUUAGCCGGGAACACCGAACUUUUGACUAAUCUUGUAUGCGUGCAAAAGAAAAGGCCACCUCUACCAGCACCGUAUGACAAUCCUUCGAACGACUCUCCGAUUGCUGGUAUUAUCAAGGCAGCUUGGGAUGGCAUCCCCGAAAAACGGCCUUCGUUUCGCAAAAUCGUAAAUGUGUUGGCAAAUUCCUACGGAAGGGAAUCACAUUUCCGCGCAACAGAUACGAGUCCAAUGCCGUCUGUAACGCAGCAUCAAGCGCCCGCUGCUCACUUCUGGCGGGCCGUUCCAGCACGCGCAAGACGGCGUGAGGCCUCUGCACUUCAGAACCAGGAGAAGCAACUGCUACAGUCGCCCACAAGCACUUCAACGGACAAACACGCGUCUCCGGCGUCUCGCCCUGGUCCGGGGAUUCUCGGGAACGGCGCUAAUGAUGCGUUGUCGUCUUCGGGGAGUCUCGCUGUACCGGGUAGUCCACUCGCCGUACAUGGGUCUGUACAUGUUGCAAGUUCAAGCAGUAGGAAGACACGAAAAGUUAUGCAGUGGUUUCUUUCACGGCCGAAGGGCGCUGGCAAGCUGGCCAACGACGAUUUGUCGGCGAAUACAGCAGCACUUCGCGGCGCGAGCUACGCCAGCGUCACCCCACGUUCUGAACAGGAUACUUAUUUGGGUACCUCGGCCCUGGACGCCGGCACCGCGCCCGAAGCGCCCAAGAUGGACAACGGGAUGAAAUUGCAUCACGGUGCGGUGGACCAGACGGCUAUCACGUCCGAAGCGCCCCCGCUCGUGAUAGCACGCGUACGCGCUGCGCUCGCAUCGCUCGGCAUUGAUAAUCAGGAUAUUCGGGAGUAUAGGAUUGAGUGUACGAGGCUGAAAAGAAAGCCUAUAGCGGUAAGGAGCGCGGCUGGUCAGGGUGCCGAUAGAAAGACGGAGUUGCCAGUUCCUGAGCAGGGGAGUGGUCAAGUUGUGAAUGGCUCGGUGGACUCUUCAGCGAAUGGGACGUCCCUUGUGGACUCCAGCACCGCCUAUGGUGAUCCUUCCACGGAUGUUGGCGACGAAGUUCGCUUUGAAAUUGAACUUACUCGCAUCGCUCGCUUGGCCGGGACAUACUCUCUCGAUUUCCGCCGGGUGAGAGGUAACCUGAGUAGCUACAGGUUCCUGUGCACUACCAUCAAAGACCGCGUUGCUCUGCAACGAUAG